UAAUAAAACGUUUAAAAAAAACUCUCAUAAUAAGAACUCCUCAAUUCUGAUCGUCUCUCUCUCUCUCUCUCUCUCUCUCUCUCUCUCUCUCUCUCUCCUUUCUUCUUUACAAUUUGAAUAUUUUUAAGAGAUCCUCACAUCUUCAUCUUCCUCCCCCAAGUGUUAGAUCAAAUUCAAACUUUCCUUUCUCCUGUUGGAACCACUUUUAUUUCCUCUUCCGUCGUCGUCGUCGUCAAUGGUGGAGAUGGAGGACAACAACGAGGAGAGUUGCGGGAGUAGAGUGAUCAGCGAUAUCUUGCCGACGUCUCAGGCAGCCAUAGACCGUCGAGAGCGGAUGAAAAUGGAGGUUUUCGAUGAGGUUAUCAGCCGUCUCCGUCAAUCUGACGACAUAGACGCCGAUCUCCCUGGUUUCGUUGACGACCUCUGGGCUCACUUCAAUCGUCUCCCCGCUCGGUAUGCUUUGGAUGUGAAUGUAGAGAGGGCUGAAGACGUUCUCAUGCACCAGAGAUUGCUUCAUUCUGCUCUAGAUCCACACAACCGGCCUGUUAUCCAAGUUCGUCUCGUCCAGGUUCAACCUCCGGGGAUCUCAGCUGCUGACUCCACUACCUUGGACUCUCUUACCAAUGAGCCUGAUCAACAAACUUCCACCAGAAAAAGCAUUCAUCCGCCGCCUGCCUUUGGUUCAUCUCCCAAUCUCGAAGCACUUGCACUUGUGGCGACUAUAUCCCAUGACGAGGAGGGAGACAACUCUGUGCCUAACAAUUCACGGCCCUUGCAUGAGAUAACCUUUUCCACAGUAGACAAGCCUAAACUCCUUUUUCAGUUAACCGCAUUGCUUGCUGAGCUUGGACUUAACAUUCAAGAGGCCCAUGCUUUUUCUACAACUGAUGGCUACUCUCUAGAUGUCUUUGUUGUUGAUGGUUGGCCUUACGAGGAAGUAGACAGACUUAGAAUAGCAUUGGAGAAAGAAGCAGCAAAAAUCGAGUUGCAGGACCAAAGCUGGCCUAUGCAGCAAUCCUUCUCUCCUGAAAAGGAAAAUGCGCAAACAGGUGUCAGGACGGCGAAAGAUCAUGUGUCAAUACCCACUGAUGGAACUGAUGUUUGGGAAAUCAACCUUCAACACUUGAAGUUCGGGCAUAAAAUAGCAUCUGGUUCUUAUGGAGAUUUGUAUAAAGGUACAUAUUGUAGCCAGGAAGUCGCUAUCAAAGUCCUCAAGCCAGAGCGUCUAGAUUCUGAGCUAGAGAAAGAGUUUGCCCAAGAAGUCUUUAUUAUGAGGAAAGUGCGACACAAGAACGUCGUUCAGUUCAUUGGUGCUUGCACUAAGCCACCACAUCUGUGUAUUGUUACAGAAUUCAUGCCGGGGGGAAGUGUAUAUGACUAUCUACACAAGCAAAAGGGCGUCUUUAAGCUUCCAGCUCUGUUAAAAGUAGCUAUAGAUAUCUGCAAAGGGAUGAACUACUUGCACCAAAAUAAUAUAAUUCACAGAGAUUUAAAGGCUGCCAACCUUUUAAUGGACGAGCAUGAGGUAGUUAAGGUUGCUGACUUUGGAGUGGCUAGAGUAAAAGCACAAACAGGAGUGAUGACGGCUGAAACAGGAACAUAUCGCUGGAUGGCUCCGGAGGUGAUAGAACACAAGCCAUAUGAUCACAAGGCAGACGUUUUCAGCUACGGGAUUGUGCUAUGGGAGCUGUUGACUGGCAAGAUUCCAUAUGAAUACAUGACGCCAUUGCAGGCAGCAGUAGGGGUGGUUCAGAAGGGACUACGGCCUACAAUCGCUAAGAAGACGCAUCCGAAAAUGAGAGAGCUGAUGGAGAGAUUGUGGGAGAAGGAUCCAACGCUGAGACCAGACUUCUCAGAGAUAAUAGAUCAGCUACAAGAGAUAUCCAAGGAAGUAGAAGACGAGGAGGAGGAGAAGAAAAGAUCACCAACGGGAGGAGGAGGUAUCUUUGCGGCUCUCAGGAGAACUGCAACACAUCACUAAAUACAUUGCAUUGAUCCCACCCACCCAGUACUUGCUUCCAGAAAAGAUUGAUUUGCAGAGUUUUUGUGUUGCUUACCUGCUGUUAUUCAAUUGAUUUUGUUUCCUUUCUGUAAGUUAUAAUACCCCACACACCACACACACACACACUCAUUGUCCAUUUCAUCCAACAUUUCAAGUUGUUGAUGAAAGAAAACUUCAUGUACAAGUAAAACUGCAGUGGUUAGAAAAAUAAACUCUUAAGCUUUUUUUGGUUGA